AUGAGGAGAGGACCACGGGGUGGCCUCCACAGAAAGGCUUCCUCUUAUUUCAUCUGUUCUUUGAAAGAGUCUGAGAUGGGAAAUAACACUAUCUCUAUAGAUAAUAUGCCACUAGAGGCUAUUUCUUUCCCUUCUUUACAAAAAAUUUCUACAAAAUCCACUUUUCAUAACGAAUAUAGUUUUCUUAUUUCGGUGAAAAAAUUUCACGUGAAUAACAACACUCGUACCGGUUAUAACAAGAUUUACGAAUUUAGACGCUCAAAAAGUUACUUUUUUGAGCUUGCCAAUCAAUUUUCAGGCACCAAUGAUAUUCACCUUAUCAUACAUACAAAUGAUUACAACAUGCAGACUAAACCGACCCAGUAUAUUUCAACGAGUCCAUUUCCCAACAAGAAAUUCCAAAUUAGUAAAAUGCUCACGCACUUCUUUUCCUUACAACGAGUCAUACCACGAAGAAUACAACAAAGAUAUUUUAACCUUAUCCGCCACAAGCUAUUGGAUCGGUUUAAUAUUAUCCGAUCCCGCGUAGGCAGUACUCUCUUACCUGAUAAUGAAGAUCACCCUCACCUCGGAAGUCAACAUAACAAAUCUUCCAAAACUUUCUUCAACUUCUCGUACAAGAGAUAUCGUUUUCGCUUCGGCUGUUACAUACCUUGCCGAUGCUUGAUGACUUUAAAUAAGUCCAAAGAUAUAUCUUUUUGCCAUGUCCCCAGUCCUUUUGUAAUGACUAAUGAUCGUCACGCUUGUGUCGAUCAUCAGAAAGAAUUCUUUCGAAAUCGACUCUUUCAUUUUAUCAAACACGAUAGUCCACGAGAUCAAGUCUUGUCUAAUAACAAGACUUCUCACGCUACACAGCUCUACAAUAGAUGGAAAGAAGGCACAGAAAAGGAAAUUUUUUCGCGACGCCUUGGCAUUGAAUUCUCUAUGAAAUACUUGGCCGCCAGUAAUAAAAACAUCAUACGCUACAAUCACCGUUAUAUGUAUAUGAAACGGUUGUUUAAUUUCAAAUUUAUACACUCACCUAAUCCGAACAUAAAAAAGAAACAACAGAAGCGUUUCAAUCGAUCUUGCAAUAGAGUUUUUAAUACCCGUUACGAUUCCUCGUGUAUUAGUUUUGAAGAGAAACUUAAAGCUGCUCAAGCAAAUCAUUUUAUUUUUCACAAACAUCAAACUAUUCACAAAAAUCUCUCGCACCUCACCUAUUCGAAGAAAUCGGCAAUUUCCGAUGCUAAUAGUUACCCAUUUAACAUUCCUUUUUACGAACUGAUAAUUGGACCUUCGGCCCCUAAAGAAGACCUCCUCCUAGAUGAACCCGCUUUGGUGUUCUCCGGGGUAUUCAAAGUUGAUUUACCUGCCAAUACACCUUCACUGAACUUAAAUUCAUCAGGAACCUCGAUGAACAAUUUCAACUUUAACAAUUCUAUAGACAAUUUGACGUCUAAGGAUAUUUUCACUUUUUCACCACAUCCUGCACAUACCAUGGUCCCUACAGUAGAAAACUACAAUCCGUUUCGCAAGUCCUUAGGUGACCGAUUUAAACCCUUCGUCCCUAGAUCUCCCAUUUAUGAUCAUUUCGGUCAUUAUUUACCGCCUGAAUCUGACGGAUGGUUACAAGUUGUUAAGAAAUCCUACGCAUCAAGAAACAAACCCGACCCGGUGGUCGAGCUGCAACAAUGGCAAGCAAGUAAAAAAAAGAAAAAUCGGCUCAAGCCUAAAGAAUAUCAAUGUCGGCUAGAUGAGGCCAUACGCCAAUCAACUCUACACAUUUAUCACGGCACUAGUGCCAAACACGUUAAACGUCUUCUUGCUACUACGACCCAUCUUACCACAUUACAGACAACAUAUCACCGGUACAUGUCCUAUGCGACCAGCGAUUGCUCAGAACGCAUCUAUCAACAUGAACUUAAACGUUUCCAAUAUUAUCUGGAUGCCCCUCCAAAAAAUUACAUGCUCCCGCACCUCGAGGAUAUCGCCUAUAAUGACACCUCCGACGAUACUAAAUGCCUCGAAGUUCGUCCCAAGAAACGGGACACUCUUACUAACCUCUGUGAUCGUUAUCUCCACAGAGACCGAAUUAAACAUAUACGACUGGAUACGGGUUACCCUAUUGACUCCCCUGUUUCUAGUUUGAACAAAUCUUAGAUUUUGUUAAUUUUAAUU